CAAAAUGGCGCUAGAGGAGCAGACGAAAAAUCAAAAUUAUAAGCUAUGGUUUAGAGGUUGUUUGGGAUUUAAGAAUUUAAGGGAGGGACUUGCUGAGACAGUGGAUACUAUCGUAAAAAAUCAACACGAGGAUUUUGUAAAGAAUCUUACCUGCACAGAAUGUGAUAAAUGCUCUUUGAAAACGCUUUUACCGAACCAUGUGAAGGUUAGCAAUAAAUGUACAAAAGGAAGAACAAAAUGUUUUUGUAUCAUGCAUUCUAAAAAUGGGAUGUCAUGUCCGAAUUCAUUUUGUGGGAGUGUAUACGACAGUAUAGUUGAUGAUUACUUGUUUUCUGAACCAAAUUGGUCAAACACGGAUCUGGCAAAAUGGGGACACAGCUAUUUUGAAAUAGCGAAAUGCUAUAUUGGUUCGUCCGGAUAUAUGGAUAAACAUACUAUAGAGGAAGUAGACUGUAGUGCACUUAUAAACAUAAUCAUCAAUAACAGGGCAUUUGAACGUUUAUUUCGGAAAGCAGCUCAAGAUCCGUCAGCACUUUUUAUUCAGGCACGAGAUGACAGAAAUUACCUUUUCCAUUCACCAAACCUGGAACUUUCCGAUGACAAGCUUAAAAGCAUGACUGAUAAUAUGAUGAAUCUGCUUACCUUACCCGGAAUUAUAGACACUGAAGGAAAGGUCCAACAAUCGAGGGAAAAUAUUCUUCAGAUAAGAGAUGGCAACAUAGGUGUAUCUACAAGAGACGAAAUAGAUGUUCAAGAGGAAAUAAUGAAAGAAUUAAAUUUAAGGAAUCAGGAAGCUUUUCAGGAAAAAAUUCAGAAAAGCAAACAAGAGGUGCUAGAUCAGUUGUCAUGUCUAAAGGAACAUUGUGAAGCAAAAGUAAAUGAUAUUGUAGAUAAACAGAAAACAACAGAGGCAGACUUAGCACAAAUAAGAGCUGAAUUAAAGAAACAUUGUGAAAUGGUAGACAGUAACUGCAAGGACUUGGAUUGUAAACAGAAGGAAUCAGUAUCAUCGCUGGCAAACCUGCUUGCUUAUGUGAAAACUCUAGACUCUCGAUUUGGAGGAUAUGAAGCAAACCAAACGGCCAUAGAGAAUAAAAUAUCAGAACUCAACCAAACCAUUGACACUCAUUUGGUUGUUAAAUUAGAUAAAGAAAACGAGAGGUCAAUGUUAGAUGAUGCAUCAGCAAAACUUCGAAAAAGAUACGAGUACACGCAGAAUAAAGAAGGUCUGCAGAAAAGACUUUGCGAUCAUUACAAGAAAUGUUUAUCCACGAUACCAGUGUCUCCAGUUUUAGAGGCUAUUUCUGGUACAGUUGAUGAGGUUUUUGUUGAGUUUUCAAUUAACACAAAUUUGUCGUGUAAAGAAAAAGUGGACGAAUUAGAUCAAGUCAAUCUCUAUAGAGAGAUAUUGUUUAAAAAUGACAAGUUAUGUAAGAACGUGUAUCUACUCGGUGAAGCUGGAAUGGGUAAAACAACUUGGUGCAAAAAAUUCUUAAAUACCUGGGUAAAUGCAUGUAACAAAAAUCGUGGUAGCGAUAGGUUGCCGUUAGAACCAAGUGCGAAGCAAACAACAGGAAGCAGGGAAACACAUAUUGAUGAGGGCGAUGAUGAUAUUUGUUGUUUGAAACAAUUUGACAUUUUAUUCUACGUUGCCCUACGGCGAGAAUCUCAACAUGAUCUGAUCAUUGAUAUGAUAAAACGUCACCCAAUAGUCACAGAGUUUCGUUUCCAAACAGUUGUAGAGGAUAUCCUCAGAUAUGAAUCAGAAUCAUGCAUAAUUUUGCUCGAUGGCUUAGACGAAUGGGAAAUCGAUAACGACGUUGCAAUUCCAAGUCGAGAAGGUUUGCAUGGGUGUACUGUUUUGACUACAAGUAGAAAGUACAGGACUGUUGGAAUAGAUAAGAUCGACAAUGCAUUCUAUCCCGAUAAAGUUGUUGAAAUGUCUGGCGUCCGAAAUAAAGAACAGCUAAUUAAGAACGUUAUAAGACAGCUGAAUACUGUUAUGAGAAAAGGCAAUAAGAAACAGGACCAUGAUUCAAGUGAAGAAGAUUGCAAACAGUUUAUUAGAGAGGCAAAAGAAAUGAAAGACAGGGAUAUUUCAUUUCAGCAAAGACUUCCAGGAUAUAUGGACAUUCCAUUACUGUUAAUCAUUACCAUAUGCGUAUGGUUUGAUAAGGGUAAAAUUGAAGAUACACUCUAUAAAAACAUGUGUGGAAUUGUAGAAUUUAUGAUAAGAUAUGGUGAAGGUUUUACCCAAGGGGUUUAUAAGAAAAAGAAUAGAUGCUCUGGUAAAUUGGAAGGUAUUGAAAACCUAAAUGAACAGAAAAAAGAAUGGAUAAAACAUGUCCAAACGUUACCGUCUCAAUUUAGGAACAAUGAUGUAAUUGUUCCUUACAGCGGAUUAAUAUCUAAAUUGUCAAAGUUUGCGUUUGAUACUCUUUUCAAUGCCGAGCACAGAAGACGACUCACAUUUUCACAUACAGAGUUAAAUAAAUUCUUUAGUGAUAUUGAGCUUCAUGUGAUAAUGAAGCUUGGACUUUUAUCACAAAGUGAAGUCACAGAAUUGUCCCUUUGUCCAAUGACAAGUCUUUCCUUUAUACACAAUGCAUUUCACCAAUUCUUUGCGGGCAUGUACUUAGCUAGCUCUCUACAAUUUCUUUCACUGAUAAACAGAAGUACAGAAGUUGUUAACAUACUAGCAGAUUACUACAAGGAUCCAGUUGAAACAAAUCUUUUAAACAUGGACAGCGCAAUACUGUUUGCAUGCAAUAUAAAUCCUGUUGGAGGUAGUAAAUUGUCAGAAAUGCUAUUUAAGGAAUUAUCUCCAAGUGAAUACAAUACACACUCCAAUUAUGUCAAUGAUUUCUGUUUGAGAAAUGUGCAAGUAAUACACGAAAAUGAUGAAAACUAUCCAUCGCAGGAAUUUCCUGUUUAUACAGAAAUGAUCUCUGUUUCGAAAAAUCUGAUAAAAGGGAAAAUGAAAUAUUUGAGUAUACUUUUAAAGACAAAUGUAAAACAUCUAACACUUGUUGAAGUGCCCUGUGAAGCAGCACAUGAGAUUCUUGAAAAUUUUAGAGAUAUACUUCCAUCAGAUGCGCUAACGCUUUGUAUUUAUGACGUCAGCCCAAACGCUCAAUGUGCAUCUGUUAUUAAAUCGUUACGAUGUAUACCAGGGCUGAAAAAUUUAGAACUUCGUGGCAUUUCGAGAGAUUCCUCGGAACGGGAACAAUAUGUCUGUUUUGAUCUCACGAACACUGUUCUCAAGAAACUAGAAUUGAAAGGAUUUUCAAAUCUCAAGAUAUUGGUUAGAAAUCAUACUGAAGUUUCAUGUGAUGACGAUACUAAAUAUGAAAUUGAAAUUCAGAAUGUUUAAUAAACUUCUUUAUGAUAUAAAUGUAUUAUGCAUAGCUUUGGGAAAUGUCAACAUCUGUAGGAAAGUACUGAAAUUAAUUCACUGUGUGUCAAAAGUCGUUCGUAAUAACCAACAAUUUCUGUAAAAGACAUGAUGGAUUUGACCAAGAUUCACAGACAUGAUACUUAGGAGGUCAUACAAAAGUUUCAGUCUGGUGCAUGAUAAGGUCACAAAAAAUACAGCUAAAAUAGU